CAACAACAAGCGCGCGCCAAAUAUGGCCGAUUGAGGAAAGACACAAUGAAUUUCUCGCAAGUUAGCAGUCACAAUAGCUUUGUAUCAAUGUAUAAUGCACACCAACUUGUUAAAUGACCAUUCACCGGGUGAAUACAACUGCACGGAGUAUUUGGUACGUAGACACAAAGAUGUGAAACUUUCAAAAAGUCGAGCCCACGAUGUUCCAACGACUUUUUUUCAAAAAUUCAAAACUUAACGAAAGCCCAGCAAAUUCUCUCAUCUGAUCGAGUGUGAUUUGAUUUGAUUUUAUUCGAGUUUAAACUUCCUUAAAUCAUCUUCAUUGCGUACAAUACCUAAGGAUUAUUGAGAGUCCUUCCCUUGGCUUGAACCAGUACAUGCCAGGUGUCCUGUCUACCUUGAACAGUUGAUCUAAGUGGAUUAAGCUAGGCAAGCUUGCCUAGCUACUCAAACAGCGCAAUCCAGUACCCUGAUGGCUCUUUUACACCAGGACGUCAUAAGACUGGAAGUACCUUGUUAGCGCCGCGUACGACAAAAGGGCUCCAGAACUCCUGUAUGUCCAUGGGAAGGUCACCAUCCCGUCCUUGCUGUCUCAUGAAGUCGGAUUGCCAAUAUGAGUGGGUGGGCUGGCGUAAUGACACAGCAGACUUCCAGGGCCCUCUGAUAAUCACGUUCAAAUUUGACCAAGCCCGCAACUUCAGCAAAGUCUUCAUCAACUGCAACAACCUCUUUUCCAAGGACGUUCGUGUUUUCAAGAUGGCGCUGGUCUACUUCAGCGUUGGCGGGAAUCUCUACCAGAACUCACCGGUCAAGUAUGACUUUAUUCGGGACGACGUAGUGGAGUAUUCGAGACCCGUGAUGAUCAAACUGAACAACAACGUGGGUCAGUACGUCCGUCUGCAGUUGUACUUUGAUGCCAAGUGGAUCAUGAUCAGUGAGGUGCAGUUCAUAUCAGAGCCUGCGACAGGCAACUUCACAGAGGAGGUUCCCCCUGCGACUUUGAAACCCCCACUGGUUCCUCCUAAACCUGAGGACAAGUACUAUGAACAUGAGCUGAACAUUGGCAAGGAGGGCAAGGGUAAGUACACUGGCAAUGUGGAGCCAGAGAAAGCUCCCAAGCAGCAAACACCAGAAAGUGACAUCAUCGGUAUCAUCAUCGGUUCCCUGGCUGGGCUUAUUGCCAUUCUCAUCGCCGUAGUUAUCUUCAUUGUGUGCCGACACCAGCGGCGGAAGAAAAACAACAACCGUCGCAUGAAGAUUGCAAUCACGGAUACACACAACCAGACUGCGGUGAAUCUUUCUGACCUGCGGGGGACACACACCAAUGGCAAGGUGCUCAAAGGCCAUGUGUACAAUGGAGUACCCCUCACUGAACUUGAGUCUGACAGGGACUGCUGCAGCGAGCGCCCCAAGCACAAUGGUUAUCGGGAACCAAAGGACUCGGUUAUCAUAAAUAGGGGCAGCUUGUCUGCUAAUCUGACUGACCUUCCAGAAUUACUUUCACCAGCAGAAAGCCAGGAUUAUGCUGUCCCCGAUGUCACCAAGUCAGCCCUGAUGACUUUCCCGCAGGCACGCAAGCAGAACAACCUCGACAAGCCACCCCCACGGUAUGACGCACUCUACGCUGCAGCCGAUAUUGUCAGCACCCAGGUCCCAAAUAUACCCUCCCUGCAGGGUGUGAGUGGCAACAAUGUAUAUGCUGUUCCCAAUGAGGAGCUGCUUCUCAGCAUUGAAGUUUCCGUCAACGAAUUCCCUCGCGCGAAUCUACGCUUUAUCGAGGUGUUGGGACAGGGGCAGUUUGGAGAGGUUCACCUGUGUGACGCAGUGAACAUGAGUCACUUUGUUGAGGAAGACUUCAUAAUGAACCGCACACUGUCCAGACCGUGCCUGGUGGCCGUGAAAAUACUCAGAACCAACGCAGAGGACAGAGCCAGGGCAGACUUUCUGAAGGAGAUCAAGAUAAUGUCCCAGCUACGGGACCCCAACAUCGUGCGUGUUCUGGGCGUGUGUACGGGGGAGGAGCCACUGUGUAUGAUAGUAGAGUACAUGAAGUAUGGAGACCUAAACCAGUUCCUGCUGGACCAUGUGCUGGAGACGCCCUCAGCGCAGGCUGUCAAUGCUAAAAUACUCAGUUACGGGUGCCUGAUUUACAUGGCGUCCCAAAUUGCCUCUGGCAUGAAGUACCUCGAGUCUCUGAACAUGGUGCAUCGUGACCUCGCUGUACGCAACUGCCUUGUUGGCAUGAACUUCACGAUCAAGAUUUCAGACUUUGGGAUGAGUCGGAUUUUGUACAGUGCUGACUAUUACAAGAUAGAGGGACGAGCUGUUCUUCCCAUAAGAUGGAUGGCCUGGGAGUCUAUACUACUGGGCAAGUUUACGACAAAGUCAGAUGUCUGGUCGUUUGGAGUAACGCUGUGGGAAAUAUUGACUUUUGCCCGUGAUCAGCCAUAUCAUAAUCUAAGUGAUGAUCAAGUGAUCGCCAAUGCGGGACAUUUCUACAGAAGUGACGGACAGCAGAUACUUCUACCACAGCCCAUCGUGUGCUCCCGUGAGAUUUACGACAUGAUGGUUGAAUGUUGGAACCGCUCCGACUGUGAGCGACCCACAUUCAAAGACAUUCACAUGUUCUUGUUACGAAAGAACAUGGGAUACAAUCCAAAGGAUGAAAAGUUGAACCAAUUAAAAGUUCCAGUGUGUUAGCUAUGGUGAACAUAUACAGAAAUUCAAUUGUGACAGCUGAGCUGUUGACUCGUUCAAUUCUCUGCCAAUAAUUGGAAGCAAAAUUUAGUGUUGUGAGAAAAGCACUCAUUUCACAUAGUGCUCUCCCUUUGUAAACAAUAAUGUCAAAGGUUAAAACUAAGGAGAUCCAAAUGAAAGUAACAUAAGAGCUCAUGGCUUGGUCCUGGUGUUUUAACCUAUUAUUAAAAGAAAGCCUGAAGCCUUCAUCACUUCUGUUAGUGUGCCAUUGUGCUAUUGACUAAAAAACGUCUCAGUCUACAACUAGAGUAAAUGAUAUCUUUCUGAAGUGCUAACCAUUAUAUUAUUAUAUGUCCUGUGUAUAUUUUUUAAUGUUUUGAAAAACACUUCAGUGUUUGAAAUAAAAUCAACAAAUACUUCUGUUAAUAUAGGUUAGAAUAAACGCAUCUAUUUAUGAAAGGUCCAUGCUGUCCAUUGCCGGUAUAAAUCUGAAUGUAAAAAUAUUGUAUUAAAAAAAAAGAAUGGCAUGCAGAUAUUAUAUGUAUUAAUAUAUAACAGUUGUAUAUAGGCAGACUGCAUUUGUAACAUUAGUACAUGCAGGUGUUACAAGAUGGUCAAGUUGAUAAAAGUGCAAUGUGUUCCAUGUUUAUGUCAGAAUAGUAUUUGUGUGAUACAUUAUGCUCAGAAUACUUUAACAUCUGAUAGCUUGUUUAAUGUUCAUAUCAAGCAAUGUCUUAUGAUAACUUUAUCAUUCUUUGUAUUCUUUAUAACAUCGUUUUACAUUUGUGUAUCAGUGUAAAGAAUCAAAUUGCUAUCAUGUAAUUAUUUGUCACAAGUUGUUAGUGCCAUUUUUGUAUUGUUGUUGUUUAUUUUAUGUAUACCCAUAAUUGUUCUGAACAAGUUUUCAUGUAUAGACCUUCAAAAUGUUUGGAGCUGCUUCAUGCGAAAAUGGGUCUUAUUACAUAGCUCCAGACCAGUCUGACCAUUCACUCAGUCAGGGCAGGAGCUACCCUGUCUGCUCGUGAAACCACCAAAUCUUGCAUGACUAUAGCAGACUAUAGCAGACAGGGUUGAUUCUAAUCAGACUGCGCAGGCUGGUUUUGUGCUAUGUUGGCAGCAUAUGGCAUAAGACCCAUUUUUGCAUGUUGCUUGUAAUUUUAUGCUUGCUUGUUGAUAUUCUCACUCAUUACUAAACAGUGUACACUUUAUUGAAUACGUCAUUCCCAAUUGACUUCUUUUUGUUCAGUGUCCUUAACAGAAUCAUACUACGCCAUAUGGUUGUUACAUGGACACAUUAACACGUUGGUUUAUACAUUUCCUUCUGAUCAUGAAAUCCAGUCAAUGUAUACAAAUUAUGUGUACAGCUAUGAGUGCUGCUGAUGAUUUUUCUUACACGAUAAAGCUGUAACCAGAGUCUGUUUAUUCGGUAAAGAGAACAUAUUUAUUUAUUUUAUAUACUCAUAGUGGUAUCUGACAAAACAAAAAAAAAGCUUUAAACGAUUGCAGGAAAAUAUUUGAUUUACUUAUUUUAUAUUACUAUGUCUGCAUGUCAGCAUGAAAUGUUUACUUAAAAAAAAGAUAAUUAUGACAUCCUCCACAUAAAUAUAACAUCAUCCACAUAAAUAUAACAUCAUCCACAGUAUUAAUACAGUGGGAGGUAUGUUGAUUGUCUGCCAUUUACUCCUCAAUUAUCUCACUAAAAGGGCUGCAAUUAUGUUUUAUAUCAAGUGUUGUAAUUAUUGUGGUAUAUUUUGUAUUUCUUGUUGUGCAAAUUGGGAAGAAUUACAUUUCAAAAUGUUUUCUUUUUAAUACCGUAUCUGUAGUAUACAACGGGCUAACAUCCAUUAAUGUGCAUGUGAGUUUAGUUCUUUUUAAAGCGCCUUAAUCACCUUAUUACCUCCCUUGGCCACAUCAUGAUAUCUUGGAGUGAUCUCCCUUUUUCUGAUUGUUCUUUCCUGCCUAAUAUCAACAAUUAGUGAAUAAUUUGACUUUUUUGCCUUUGGGGCCCAGAAAAAGUAUCAGCGUGAAUUCAAGCUAUUGUUGAAGAAUGAUUUCAUUUCAUCUAAAAUUGCAUGUUUUCCUAGGAACAUCACAAACAAACUGCAUUUUGUAGAAAAAUACUUUACUUUAAACUGCUACACAUUGUGAUGCUCCUUUGCAAUAGAUGGAUUCAAUUGCAGGCUUUUUUAAAUUUGACUUAUUUUUUUGUAUUAAAAAGGCUUAGCCCUUUGCUGUAUACAUGCUGUGCUUUCAUUUUUUCAUUAUUUGCAAGUUUGCACGUGUGAGUUCCAGUAAGAAUAGAACACAUGCAGUGUGUGAUUAUUGAUGUGAGUUCCAGUAAGAAUAGAACACAUGCAGUGUGUGGUUAUUGAUGUGAGUUCCAGUAAGAAUAGAACACAUGCAGUGUGUGGUUAUUGAUGUGAGUUCCAGUAAGAAUAGAACACAUGCAGUGUGUGAUUAUUGAUGUGAGUUCCAGUAAGAAUAGAACACAUGCAGUGUGUGGUUAUUGAUGUGAGUUCCAGUAAGAAUAGAACACAUGCAGUGUGUGGUUAUUGAUGUGAGU